CACUCACACACACACACACAUACACCCCCGUCCUGCAUAAGCUUGUGUGUGAGCGCGCGCUGCGUGGACUUCAGAGCAAACUCUCUCACGCGCACUUCAAUGGGAGCGAAAAAGAAGCUCGUGCGCUGGUUGCAGUGGCUCACCGUCUUCACGCUCUUGUUCUUCGUAGGCUUUAUCAUCGGGUGGUUUGCGAGACCUGCUGACACGCAGCACGAAAAGCCGAAGCAUGACUUCCUGCAGGAGUUCUUGGAUGAAAUCCAUGCAGCCAACAUCAAACAGCAUCUUAGGAAGUUCACUCGUCUGCCCCACUUGGCGGGAACGGAGCAGAAUCUGCGAUUGGCUGAGCAGAUUCGGGAGGAGUGGCUAGCGUUUGGGCUCGACUCGGCCGAGCUCGUGUGGUACGAUGUUCUGCUCUCGUAUCCGAACACCACCAGGCCGAACUACAUCUCUGUAGUGGACCAGCACGGGGACGAGGUCAUGAAGUCGUCUCUGGCUGAACCAGUGCCUGAGGGUUAUGAGAACGUGAGUGACAUCGUUCCUCCGUACAACGCCUUCUCUGCGCAGGGACAACCAGAGGGUGAUUUGGUGUAUGUGAACUACGGCAGGACGGAGGAUUUCUUCAAGCUGCAGAGGGAGAUGGGCAUCAACUGCACGGGCAAAAUCGUCAUCGCCCGAUACGGCAAAAUCUUCAGAGGCAAUAAGGUAAAAAAUGCCAUGUUAGCCGGCGCCAAAGGCAUCGUGUUGUACUCGGACCCGUCGGAUUACUGCGCUGAGGGCGUGAAGCCGUACCCUGAAGGAUGGAACCUGCCUGAAGGGGGCGCACAGCGGGGCAACGUCCUGAAUCUGAAUGGAGCCGGAGACCCUUUAACCCCCGGCUACCCCGCUAAAGAGUACACUUACAGAUUCAGUCUAGACAAGGGGGUGGGGCUUCCUAAAAUUCCAGUACAUCCUAUUGGCUACGGUGAUGCUGUCCAUCUGCUGAAGAAUAUGGGCGGAGCGUCUCCGCCUCCUGAUUGGAAAGGAGCUCUGAAUGUGUCGUAUCGUAUUGGACCUGGAUUCAUCGGUGACUUCGCACAGAAUAAAGUGCGCAUGAACGUGCACAGCUACAAUCAGGUGACCCGGAUCUACAACGUGAUUGGCCGAAUCAGAGGAGCUCAGGAGCCAGAUCGGUACGUUAUAUUAGGUGGUCAUCGAGACGCGUGGGUGUUUGGGGGAAUCGAUCCUGUGACUGGAGCUGCAGCAACACACGAGACUGUCAGAGCAGCUGGGAAACUACUACAGAAAGGCUGGCGGCCCAGACGCACACUGAUCUUUGCUAGUUGGGAUGCUGAAGAGUUCGGCCUGCUGGGGUCCACAGAGUGGGCAGAGGAAAAUGCUAAAAUGCUUCAGCAGAGAGCUGUAGCAUACAUCAACGCAGACUCCGCUAUUGAGGGUAUGUACACACUGAGAAUAGACUGCACUCCAUCUCUGCAUACCCUGGCGUAUGACAUCACCAAACAGGUGAUGAGUCCAGAGGAAGGGGAGGAGGGAAUGACUCUGUAUGACAGCUGGCACAAACGAGACAACUGGACUGAUAAUCGGGACGCGCCCCGGAUCAGUAAGCUCGGCUCAGGCAGCGAUUUUGAAGCAUACUUUAUCAGACUGGGGAUUGCAUCUGGGCGAGCGAGAUACACCAAGAACAGAAAGACGGAGCGGUACAGCAGUUAUCCCGUCUACCACAGCGUGUACGAGACGUUCGAGCUGGUCGAGCGUUUCUAUGACCCCACCUUUCGGCGCAUGGAGGCUGUGACACGUGUGCGAGGGGGCGUGGCUUUCCGCUUAGCCGACGCCCCUGUGCUACCUCUGGACUGUAACGAGUACGCACUCGCUCUCUCUCAGUACGCACACACCAUCCACCAGCUCGCACAGAAACACCCGCAGGAGAUGGAGCGCUACGCCGUGACAUUUGAUGCUCUGUUCUCAGCGGUGGACAAUUUCACAGACGCAGCACAGGAGUUUCAGCAGCGCCUGAAUACACUCGACACAGCCAAUUCUCUCUCAGUGCGGAUGGUGAAUGAUCAGCUGAUGUAUCUGGAGCGGGCGUUUAUCGAUCCCCUCGGCCUCCCCGGUCGACCCUUCUACAGGCACGUGGUGUUCGCUCCCAGCAGCCACAAUAAGUACGCGGGCGAGUCGUUCCCCGGGAUUUACGACGCCCUGUUUGACAUCGAGAACGCCGCCGAGCCUGAGAGAGCCUGGAGCGAGGUGAAGAGACAGAUCAGCGUCGCUGCUUUCACCGUCAACGCCGCCGCUGAUACACUCCGCCCCGUCGCCUGAGCUGACCUUUGAUCUCUCUGACCUCAAGACAGUCGGUCUGAGAUUAAAUCUCGAGCCUGAGAUUUUCUCCCAAAUUUGAAUCGUUGCCAAUUCCAAGCCACAAAAAUCAAACACUUGUUGCAACAUAACAGGACUUAGAGGAGAUGCUAACUGCCCUCUUCUACAUACAUGACCUCAGACAUGCCCCGGAUGGAGUGGACAGCAGAGCAGAGACAAUUACGCAGCUGUGGUUUCGUCACGACCGCUCCAGUGCUGUUCCUGAGGAAAAAAAAAACAAUUUAUAAAUAACAUAGUGUGUGUGUGUGUGUGUGUGUGUGUAUAUGUUACACACAUACACUAGAUCAGAUUUAUGAAGCAAUUCGGAUCUAGGAUGUCACUACAGCACUGUUGAAUUUGCGACUCUGAUUGGUCAGAAGGUGUUGAUGAAUUUUCUAUAACAGCAGCUCUGACAGUAGUGCAGGUUUGAAGGAAUACGUUAUCGCUUCUAUGCACAGGGACGCCACGUAAUCUAAGACUACUAAUAUAUACAACUCUAAGACUACAUGUGUGUACAUAUAUAAUAUAAAUACAUACAUACACACACUGUGGUAUGGUGAAGUUUUCUGUAAGGAGAUGUUUAACAUUUAUGGAACAAGUCUCCAGUUUCAGCGUGUUGUAACCGUAAGUUUUUUUCACAACAGGAAAGUCUUCAGGACAGAAGUCUGCUAUAGUUGGUAUAACAUGCAGCCUAACUAGAGUCUCGUGGAUGUUCUACAACGUUAAAUGUAACGUAAAAUGAUAAAUAAUUGAAAAAAAAAAAAGAAAUAAAUUGGAAUUGGCAGUAUUGCUGUGGUAUUAGAGGAAUGAAGCAGUUUGGAUGUGCAGUUAUAGGAAAAUAAUCAACUUUGGGGUCGUAACAGUAAUUCGGUUUCAGGUUGCGUAACAUCACACCAUCUCAUAAUUGAUCAUUUUCCUAAAGCAGCACUGCGCCAAGUGUUUUAUUCCUUAUGCAAUCAAUCAAUCAAUUAGUAAUGAGUAAGUUUUAAAGAAUGUGGGGUUUUUUUCUAAUUGGAAAAUUCUUACAAUGUACCAAAUCGACACUGCACAAGUUGAUAAAACUGUGUGAUCAUCAUCUCGGUGUGUGGAGGUCAGACAGUGCGAUUGUGUGAGGCGAAAGAGUCGCAUUAAGAGAAAGUCAUAUAGCGUACACUGGGUUUUAGUGACGCUCAGGCUAAGAGCCAGAACUCUUACAUACCGAGUCACAUUUGCUUCUUGUAUUUGACUACAUCUUUUUUUUUUCUUUAAACCCAUCAUGGUCUGAAUUGACGAUAUAUCAGAAUGAUUAAAAAAUAAUGACGAGAUACUCGAAAACAUUGUGCUCUAAACCAAAGUGGUGUCUGGACAGCAUAAGCAGGGAGUCUGUAAUCUUUAAAAAUUUAGUUCACAAUCUGUUAUAAUCAAAGUUAGAUUUAUUAUUGAUUUUCUAUAGUUAUUAACCUGUUUGAUUGGUAACUUGAAUUAAAAAGGGUUUAAUCCGAACCUCAGAAACAUUUAGCCGUAUAAACAGCAUCAACUUAAAUCUAAUUUCGCAGAAUGAAAGACAACCCUAUAUUCUUCUUAAGGUUUAUUUCAUUGACAUCAUUUAUUAAAUAAGAGCUUCUUUACUUUCGCUGGAAUCUGAUCAGCAGGUUGGAAGAAGACUUUCAGUUCUUCCGCCUAUACAAAGUAAUUCUCAGCUUCAGUGCUUGCUAGAAGUUUCCAGAUCCUACGUUCAUGCAUAUUCAUAGCACCUCCCAUUUUUAAUGAGGUCAAAGGUGUUGACAUGUUCUUUGGACAAAGAUUUAAAAAAAAAAAAAAAAAAAGCAAAAAAAAUGAACAAAUGAUUUAGAUUUACACGAUCAGAGGAACAAAGAAUAUUCAGUUACCAUGAAAAUAUUUCAUCACAUGUUCAAUAAUUUACACACAUAUAUUAAAGCGCUCAGACACAAAUUGUGUGUUACAGUAAGCCGAGGAAAUGAUCUAGAAAUAUCUAGAAGCAUUGUGACUCCUCGUUAAUCUGUUAAACCAGACACGACCAGCCAUGAGUGUGCACUUCAAGUGUCGAACGUUUAACUCUUGCUAAAUUGUGGGCGUCUUCAGAGCAACCAGGGUGGAGCUUAAGAUAAAUUUCAUUAGCUAAUCACAAA